AGGGAUGAAGUGUCUAAGCUUUCUUCCUUGGAGCCUGGUGACAUUCUUGAUAAUUUUUGAGGAAAACUAUGGAUCUGAUGCUGAUGAAAAAAAUAGACCCAGAAAGAACAUUAAUCAGGCACAAUCCAAAGGAAUAAAGAUGAAAUUCUAGAACUAAAAAGACUCACCAGCACAACUCUCAUGGAGAUCAUUCAGCUUCAGUCCCAGAUUGUGAAUAUUGAAGACCGAUUUCAUAAUCUUGAGAUGAUCUUCCUUAAAAAAGCCUGUAAUAGCAACCCUUGCCAGAAUUCUGGAAUCUGCAUAAACCUACUAGAUGCUUUCUUUUGUCUUUGUCCCAACAAUUGGCAGGGACCAGAUUGUUCUGUUGAUGUUAAUGAAUGCCAGCUUUAUGAAGGAACAUCCUUAGGAUGCCAGAAUGGAGCAACAUGUAUAAAUAAGCCAGGGAAAUACAGUUGCAUUUGUACACCAGAAACAUAUGGACAGUACUGCACAUCAAAAUUUGAUGAUUGUCAAGGAGGAUCCUCUCUUCUUUGUGGGCAUGGGGUUUGUGUGGAUGGAAACAGAGAACAGAUCCAUCAGCCAAAUUAUACUUGCAUCUGUGAUGAUGGCUGGAUGUCGCCUCCGGGGAGCCUUGCUUGCAAUGCUGACAUUGAUGAAUGCAGCCUCCCAAACCCACCUUGUUCAGUGAAUCCUCCUGUACGGUGUAUCAACAUGCCAGGCUUUUAUUUCUGCGAUCCUUGUCCAGCAGGUUAUGAAGGUGAUGGAAAAGUAUGCACACUGGUUAACAUAUGCUCAGUCGACAAUGGGGGCUGCCAUCCACUUGCUGUAUGUAACAGUGUAUCAGGUCCUGUACCUAAUUGUGUUUGCCCAGAUGGAUACACUGGAAAUGGUUAUGGUUCAAAUGGAUGUUUUGCCCUGAACAUCAUAUGCCAAACACACAACCCUUGUGAAAAUGGACAAUGUGUUGAUACAGUCUCUGGCUAUAACUGUGAGUGUGAUCCUGGUUGGAUUGGUAUCAACUGUUCAGAAAACAUAGUUGCAGAUUGUGGAGGAUCCCUUACUGGCUCCUCAGGAUCAUUCAGUUACCCUAACAAUUUAGGAUAUGUGGAAUAUAAUCAACAGGUCAAUUGUAAUUGGGUUGUCAGGACCAAUUAUAAUAAGAUUCUACACAUCACUUUCUCAUUCUUUCUGCUGGACGGGAGUAAAGGCUGUAGAUUUGAUUAUCUCCAGAUUCAUGAUGGGGAGUCAACAUCUGCAAAUAUGCUGGGGAAAUACUGUGGACCACAUCAACCAGAGCAGCUUUUUAGCAGUCACAAUUCUUUGUAUUUUUCAUUUCAUUCUGAGCACAUGAUUAGUGGGAACGGGUUUACAGUUCACUGGGAGUCUCAACAGCCUAAAUGCGGUGGAGAACUGAACAGUACAUAUGGGAUAAUUAAUUCACCCGGCUAUCCUGGCAACUAUCCUCCCAAUAGAGAUUGUUAUUGGAUCAUUUCAACUAAUCCUGGUCUUCUUAUUACAUUUGCUUUUGGUGUAUUGAGUCUUGAACAUCAUGAUAACUGUACCCAAGAUUAUCUUGAGAUUCGAGAUGGCCUUAUCUCACAAGAUCCCCUCCUUGGGAAAUAUUGCACUACUUGGUUACCACCUCCUCUUCAAACCACUGGUCCAUAUGCUUGGGUACAUUUUCAUUCCAAUGGUUUUGAUAACGAUAGAGGAUUCCAUAUCGCAUACAUAACAUCACCUGUGGAUCCCAACUGUGGAGGAAACUAUACAGAUAGCAAUGGGAUCAUCAUGUCUCCCUACUGGCCCAAUUCUUAUCUGAAAAACAGACAAUGUGUUUAUAUCAUCCGACAGCCACCCAAUAAAAAAAUCUACUUGAAUUUCACACACCUAGAGCUGGAAAGACAUCAUAACUGCUCUCGGAACUAUAUUGAGAUCCGAGAUGGUGACACUGAGAGGGCUCCCUUAAUCAAAAAGUUCUGUGGAAAUAUGCUCCCUUCUGCAAUCACUUCCAAUCAAAGUAGCCUCUGGGUCAAGUUCAAAUCUGAUAUUUCAGUUAAUACUUCUAACUUCCGGGCCACUUAUGAAGUUGGCAAGUGAAACAACCAACUUAAGAUCGACAGAUGAUGCUGUUAAUAUGACUCUGCACUACAUUCUACAACAUCUUGAAUCUCCAAAGACCUAUGCAAUGGUCCUUUUUAUAGAGUUCAGCUCAACAUUCAAUACCAUCAUUCCAGAUAUUCUUCUAACUAAACUAAACCAGCUAAUUAUACCUUACCACACUUGUAAAUGGAUCAUAAGCUUCCUAACAGACAGGAAGCAACAGGUGAAGCUAGGCAUAAUCACAUCAGAUACCUGUACAAUUAGUACAGGAGCCCCCCAGGGCUGUGUGCUCCCUCCACUUCUUUUCUCUCUAUACACCAAUGACUGCAUCUCAAAAGAUCCCUCUGUUAAAGUACUGAAGUUUACAGAUGGUACAACAGUGAUUGGUGUCAUUUGAAACAACGAUAAAUCUGCAUACAGACAAGAAGUUAAACAACUAGCCUUGAGGUGCAACUGGAACAAUCUUGAACUAAACACAUUCAAAAUACUAUAUUACCACCUCUUACAAUAGUAGACAACACCGUAUCAACAGUGGAGAACUUCACGUUUCUAGGCUCUAUCAUAUCUCAAGACUUAAAAUGGACACCUAACAUCCAAAACAUCAUCAAAAAAGCAACUCAGAAAGUUGCGCCAACUCAGAAAGCUCAAACUGCCCAAAGAGCUGCUGAUUCAGUUCUACAGAGAAAUUAUUGCGUCUGUCAUCUGCACCUCUAUAACUGUCUGAUUUGGUUCUGCAACCAAACAAGACAGACACAGACUUCAAUGGAUAAUUAGAACUGCAGAAAAAACAAUUGCUACCAACCUGCCUUCCGUUGAGGACCGGUAUACUGCAUGAGUCAAAAAGGGCUGUGAAAAUAUCUACAGACCCCUCCAUAAAUUGUUUCAACUUUUAUUCUCAAAAUGACGCUAUAGGACAUUGCACACCAGAACAACUAUGCACAAGGACAGUUUUUUCCUGAAUGCCAUCACUCCGCUAAACAACUAAUUUCUGUCAAACUAUUUACUAAGACUGUAUUACUAUUAUUAUUCUCAUCUUUCCUAUUACCUAUCUCCUACCACUUAUGACUAUAACCAUGUUGCUUGUAUUUAGUGUUUGUUUGUAGUCAUGGUUAUCACUAUAACCAUGCUGCUUAUAUUUAGAAGAACAGAAUAUAAUUUUAUUAUGGUUGUAGACCAGAAAUAGACAUCACUGUUCCAUGUUGCUUGUAUUUUACGAUUUAUAUUGUUCUGUUUCUUUCCUAGUAUGAGUUGAUUGCUUAUUAGUAACCUAUGUCUAUCAACACUUAGAUAAGUGUUGUAUCUAAUGAUUCUUGGUGAAUGUAUUUUUUCUUUCUUCUUUUUUUCCUUUUUUUUUUAUUUGCAUUUAUAUCUCGCCCUUCUCCGAAGACUCAGGGCGGCCUACACUAUGUACUUUUAUGUACUCUGAGAGCAUAUGCACUAAAGAUAAAUUCCUUGUGUGUCCAAUCACACUUGGCCAAUAAAGAAUUCUAUUCUAUU